AUGUCAUCUGAUAACAAGACCAUCGCAAUCACAGGUACGGCUGGUGUAAAAGACCCAGCUACGGCUGUUUACCUCGCCAGCAGAGGAGCAUCAUGGGCGAUAUCUGACGUCCAGUUAGAAGCCCUGAAAGCCGUUGCCGACAAGCUAAAGACAUCCAUCCCUGGUAUACGCGUUAAAGCAGCAGUAGUUGACAUCAGUAAGCCCGAGAAGGUCCGGGACUGUGGAGCAUCAAGCCAGGUCCCAUUUGAGGCCCAGUCUGACCAACCGGGGGAGUUCUUGCUGGGAAUCAAUCUUUCGGGAACAGUGUUUUUCUUGCGAGAAGAUCUGAAGCGCAUCAGUGAUGGUGGUUCAUCUUCAAUGCCACGAGUGUUCCCGAUUUGA